AUGCAUUCGCCUGUUAUGAGCCGGAAUGCCCCCGCGGCUCCGCAAGCUUCACACGCCACCCGCUCACCUAGAACAUCACACCAGUAUACGCACAAGCGCAACUCGUCGUCCUACGCGGGAGAUAGCUUCGAAGACGUCGAAAUCGCCGACAGCAUCGUCAGACCUCCACCUUCCGCGUUGACUUCAAGGGCCGCCACCGCGUACGACCCCAAUGCACCUUCUCCACUCGAGGACUACCCCAACUCUGCGCGUAGCAGCCACCAGCGCACCCUGAGCACGUUGAUCGACAACUGCCAGCCGUUCCUCAACCGCGCCACCACCACGAUACAACAACAUACUUCCGCCGCAGCAUCGUUCCGUCCACAGUCACCAACCAAGUCCCUGGCUAGCUUCAUUCCUUCGCGCGGCGCCACUGAAUCCAACGCUUCACAGCCCAAGAUUCGAGCGCUGCAGAACUGGUUCAACGGCUCGUCUGCCCCCGUCAAGCUUGGUGUCGCUCCUCAGAGCGAAUACUCGGAAUCAGAGUCGGGUUCGGAAUCUGGAGAAGAAUACGACUCGGAAGAAGAGAGCGAAGACGAAGAAGAAGGAAGCGGCAACAUGAUGGCCAGCCUCUUCAACCGGGGAUCCUCGUUCACGGGCGCGCGCAGCGACAGCCCGCAGCGAUCGACAGAAACACCCACUCCCACAAAGCCACAGCAACCGACUCCCAGCAGCAAGUUCGCGUGGCUGCUAUCCACCCAGAAGAACGCUGCGAUACCUCCUCCAUCGUCUUCGCCUGUAUACCACAACCCGGAGGAUGAGCUUCUGAACGUCAACAUUGCGCAAGCUCUCUUUCCUCAUGGCCCCGCUGACCCUCUUGCACCAUCAUCCUUCAACGACCUCCUUGCCAACGCCGAAGCACUUCUCUCCCGCUACCAGAAAUCAUAUCGCCAACUGUCCACAUCCCUGGUAGAUGCGCGAUCAGAACAGAGCGCGCAAGAAGAUGAACUCGACGAGGCGGACACACGGGUGCGACACCUGAAGAUGCAGCUCGAGACCAUGGCCGCAAAAGCCACCGAGCAGGACGAGCAGAUGCGCAAGAUGGCGGAAGAGCUUGCGUUUGAGCGACGGGCCAGGCAAGAAGAGGAGGCGGCACGCAAGCGAAGCCUUGCUCUCGUUCGCAGCCAACCAAUCUGCGAACAUGCUGCGUGUGCCGACACAACUCCCCGUAGACGAAACCGCAUCUCCAACUCGGAAAUCAGCGUGGACUCUGGCUUCGAGUCGGAGUGCGAGACAGAUGCUGCCAGCGUCUUCUCAAGGAACUGCAUGAGCCCGACCGGCACCGACAUGUCCUCCGUCCUCGAGCAGGAUCUCGACAACACGCCCAAGAACCGCAAGCCUCAACCCAUGGAGCGCAAGAGCACAUACGACAAAGUCCGCGACGGCACCGUCAACCUCGAGAAGGGCGGCUGGGGCUGCGCUAACUGCGAAGGCGGUGCACAAGCAGCGGUCUGGGGCCGUCUGGCCAAGGAGCGCGAGGAGAACCGCACUCUGAGGCACAGGGUCGAGCAGCUCGAGGACGCUGUUGAGGGCGCUCUGAACAUUGUCGAUGGUCCCUGGGGAAUGUAA